AUGCAGUGCUACACUGAAAUAGCCCCACCCACGGCCGUCAGCCAUGCACUCCAUCUUCCCUUCCUGCACUCUAGAUCAAACAACCUAGUCGUCGCAAAGAACUCGCUCUUACAAAUCUUCGAGCUCAAGUCAACCACCACCGAAGUUACACCAGGCGCAGGAGAGAAUUCGGAGAAUGCGGCGGCCAAUCUGGAUACAGAGGCAGCAGACGUGCCCUUGCAGCGCACUGAAAACACGGCAAAGCUGGUGCUCGUCGCCGAGUUCCCGCUCGCGGGCACCGUCAUAUCGCUUGCGCGCGUAAAGGCACUCAAUACAAAGUCAAAGGGCGAGGCGCUGCUGGUGGCAUUUCGGGAUGCAAAGCUCAGUUUGGUAGAGUGGGACCCGGAGACGUACAACCUGCAUACUAUAUCAAUACACUACUAUGAGAACCCAGACUUGCCCGGCAUUGCACCUUGGUCCGCUGAUCUCAAAGAUACGUACAACUUCUUGACGGCAGAUCCCAGCAGCAGAUGCGCUGCCCUCAAGUUUGGUACCCACAACCUCGCCAUCCUGCCCUUUCGCCAGCGUGAUCUUGUCGAAGAUGACUACGACUCCGAUGCCGACGGCCCUAAGGAGACCAAGGCUGACCAGGCGAACGGCACAAAUGGAGAACACAAGACGCCGUAUUCUUCCUCCUUUGUCCUCCCGCUCACGAACCUCGACCCCACCCUAACACAUCCCGUUCAUCUCGCAUUCUUGCACGAAUACCGCGAACCCACUUUUGGCAUAGUCGCUGCCUCGCGAGCCACGGCCCCAUCCUUACUCGCCCAACGAAAAGAUAUCCUCACUUACUCCGUCUUCACGCUCGAUCUCGAACAAAAGGCUUCGACCACACUACUAUCAGUCUCCGGACUGCCAUACGAUAUCACAAAAGUGGUGCCACUACCAUCGCCCAUUGGGGGUGCUCUGCUAGUGGGAGGGAACGAGAUCAUACAUGUCGACCAGGGAGGUAAGACCAACGGCGUGGCAGUGAAUGAGUUUGCCAAGGCUUGCACUUCGUUCUCUCUCAGCGACCAGUCAGAUCUAGCAUUGCACCUGGAGGGCUGCAGCAUCGAGCUUUUGUCUCAAGAAACAGGCGAUGUGCUGAUCGUGCUCAACAAUGGACGUCUUCUCAUUCUCACCUUCACCUUGGACGGUCGUACCGUAUCUGGCAUGACCAUCCAGACUGUUGCGGCAGAUCAUGGUGGACACUUGCUCAAGUCUGCAGCUUCAUGCACUAGCAAUCUUGGACGGGGUCGGCUUUUCAUUGGAAGCGAAGACGGAGAAUCCGUCAUGCUGGGUUGGACUGGCUUGACAAACCAAUUACGGAGAAAACUGUCAAAUGCUGAUCUUGACGGAGAGGACGAUUCUGAGGAAGAGGAAAUUGAUGACAUGGAGGAUGAUCUUUACAACGAUACAGCACCGACUAUGCACAAGAUCACAGCCGCUGUUUCGGAGCCCACUGCACCUGGAACAUACACCUUCAGGAUACACGAUGUGUUGCCAAGUAUAGCGCCUAUUAAAGACGCCGUCUUACAUCCAGGCAAGGUUACCGAAUCGCUGAACAGGGGUGAGAUCAUGUUGUCGACUGGUAGGGGGGCAGCGGGAGCAAUAACAGCGCUUGACCGCGAACUUCAUCCCAUCAGUGUAGCGACAAAGGAACUUCCUUCGGCACAUGGUGUCUGGGCUGUGCAUGCUCGGAAACAAGCCCCUGGGGAUGUGACAGCUGCGUUUGGUGAGGAUACUGAGGCCAACAUGGCUACUGACGUGGACUAUGACCAGUACUUGGUAAUGUCCAAGAAUGGCGAGGAUGGCACUGUAGUUUAUGAAGUCAACGGCGAUAAGCUUACCGAAACCGACAAAGGCGACUUUGAACGAGAGGAAGGCACAACGCUAUUGGUUGGUAUCCUAGCAGCGGGCACCAAGGUCGUGCAGGUGAUGCGGACCGAAGUUCGCAUCUAUGAUUCUGAACUAAACUUGGUCCAUAUCCAGUCCAUGGAAGAGGAAGAAGAGGGGGGGAGUACCAAAGAGCUCAACAUCAUUAACGCUAGUUUUGCGGAUCCGUACUUGCUCAUCCUUAGAGAGGACUCCAGUGUUAAGAUCUUCAAAGCUAAUAGCGAUGAUGAACUCGAAGAAGUCGAAGCCAGUGGCCUGUCUGGGUCACAAUGGCUGUCGGCGAGUCUAUUCAAAUCGUCUAGUUUUACGGAAGUCUUCGCCUUCCUUUUGACACCAGAGGGAGGUCUUCGUGUAUUCGCUAUGUCCGACAUGCAGAAGCCGUGCUACGUAGCUGAAGCGUUAAGCUUCCUGCCACCUAUGCUCACGAUGGACUAUGUUCCUAAACGGAGCGCUGCGAAGGCCACCAUUACUGAGAUAUUGGCCGCGGAUUUGGGUGAUGCGACGACUAAAUCACCCCAUCUUAUUAUCCGUACAUCUAGCGAUAACCUGGUCAUCUAUAAGGCAUUCCACGCUCCGUCCAGGUCAGCAUCUGAUCUGUGGACGAAGAAUUUACGAUGGGUCAAGCUUUCUCAACAGCAUGUACCACGAUACAUCGAAGACAAUGGUUCAGAAGACCCUGGGUUUGAAAGCACCCUGGUAGCGCUAGACGACGUCUGUGGAUACAGCACUGUUUUCCAGCGAGGCACGACACCGGCCUUCAUCUUCAAAGAGGCAUCAAGCGCACCGCGUGUAAUCGGUCUGAGUGGCAAACCUGUCAAGAGUCUCACUUCCUUCCACACCUCAAAAUGCCAGCGCGGCUUUGCAUACCUAGACUCUACAGAUACGCUUCGCAUAUGCCAGCUUCCGCCUCAAACACACUAUGGCCACCUGGGCUGGGCAACACGGCGCAUGCCAAUGGACUCUGAGGUGCAUGCCCUCACGUAUCACCCGUCAGGAUUGUACAUUGUGGGCACUGGACAAACAGAAGACUAUCAGCUUGAUCCGACUGAGACAUACCACUACGAUCUACCAAAAGAAGAUCUCACCUUUAAGCCAAGCAUUGAGCGUGGCGUCGUUAAACUACUGGACGAAAAGUCCUGGACCAUCAUCGACACGCAUAUCUUGGACCCGCAAGAAAUUGUUCUCAGCAUCAAGACGCUCAACCUAGAAGUCAGCGAGAUAACGCAUCAGCGGAAAGAUCUCAUCGCUGUCGGUACUUCAGUCGUCCAUGGCGAAGAUCUUGCUACAAAAGGAUGUAUUCGUAUCUUCGAAGUCAUCACCGUGGUGCCGCAGCCUGAUCGCCCCGAGACCAACAAGCGCCUGAAACUCAUCGUCAAAGACGAGGUCAAGGGUGCGGUAUCUGCCAUCUCCGAACUGGGUACUCAGGGAUUCCUGAUCAUGGCACAGGGACAAAAGUGCAUGGUUCGCGGUCUCAAGGAAGACGGUACCUUACUUCCUGUUGCCUUCAUGGAUAUGCAAUGCUACGUCAGCGACCUGAAGAAUCUGCCCGGGACCGGUAUGCUCGCCAUGGGCGAUGCAUACAGAGGUGUCUGGUUCACAGGAUACACAGAAGAGCCAUAUAAGAUGUCUCUCUUCGCCCGCUCAAAGCAUAACCUCGAAACCAUAGCCGUCGACUUCCUCCCCUUCGACCAACAACUCCAUCUCGUCGUCGCAGACGCAGACAUGAACCUACAAAUCCUUCAGUUCGACCCUGAUAACCCAAAAAGUGAAGCAGGCUCACGCCUCCUCCACAAGGCAACCUUCCAUACAGGCCACCUCCCCACCUCCCUGCAUCUCAUACACUCCCACCUCAAACUCCCCUCUGCCACCGACUUCGCCGCCACAAACUCCAAUCCGGCCGACGCCUUCGCAAUGGACACUUCCCCCAACACUACAACUGACACACCACAACAACCGUUCCACCAAAUCCUACAUACGACGCAAUCAGGCACCCUCGCCUUGCUCACCCCGCUUAGUGAAGAUAGCUAUAGGCGGCUAUCCAACUUGACCGCGUACUUGGCUAAUACGCUGGAUUCGGCGUGUAGCUUGAAUCCCCGCGCGUUCCGUACAGGCGAUGUGGCGGAGGGUGGGUGGGAUGCUGGGACGGGCGCUAGAGGCGUGCUAGACGGCAAUUUGUUGUUGAGGUGGGGUGAACUGGGGGAGAGGGGAAGGAGGGAGGGGCUGGCCAAGUAUGGGGAGGGUGAAUGGAUGUUUUGGGGGGAGAGGGAGGUACUUGCUGGAUGGGGAGCGUUUGGAGGGAGGGGGCGGUAG